AUGUCUUCUUUCAACCAGUCCCUCGUCGAGCUAAUGUUCCUGGCCUCGAAAAUCGGCACCCCCGGCGAACGUGUCCGCGUGACGGAGUGGAUCAAACGGCUGGCCACCGAGUCCCAAGCGGAGGGUUCCCACCCGCGGCUAGUGCAGGAGUACGUCGAGUACCUGAAGCUGAUGCUGUCCGGAAGUCCGGUGUACUUUGUGGAACCGUUCGCGACGUUUCCGCCCAAGAACGGCCAGAAAUUGCUGCCGCUGGCCGAGCUGCUCGGAAAUUCGCUAGCCAACGCGUGUCCCUAUUUGCCCCGGUCGGGUCAGCUGGCACCGGUUGUGCUGCACUCGGCGGGCGAUGACACUUCGAUGAUUUCCGUCCAACGGGAUGCCGACGGGGAGAUCUACUGCUACAUGGCGAUUGCGCCGAGGAAUGAUUGA